ACCAGGUGAGAUAAGCCACAGUUUCCACAGCUUCUCUAAUGAACUAAUUUCCAUCCAUUUCUUAUCAUUAUCUUAAUUCCAAUCAAUAAUUCGAUCAAACCCCUGAGUUGUUUUCGUUUCAAUCCUCAACUAAAACCAAAAGCAUGUCGAAGAAAGGAGGAGCUUCGUUGCCAAAGGAUGUUCCAUGGCGUGCCUCAGCUGGAAAAUCAAUUCCUAGAAUCCACCACUCCCCUAUUCUUCGUCUACGUCAAACCCCUAAUUCCAAUUAUGCCCUCGCCAUCAUGAAGCACUCGGAUCCUAUAGGAAGUGGGUUAGCGACAGAGGCUAUUGUGGAAGCAGCUGGACCCGAAUGCAUCGUCCCGGGCCAGAUUACACCUAUUAGAUUACUUGGUCUUAAGGUGUGGCCAAUUGAAGUUAACACAAAAUUUUUGGAACCGGUCAGUAAAGAACUAAAGUUGCUUGGAAAGUUCAUGGAUGAUGCCGUCAACCUCAUGAAUAAGUCGUUUAUAGAUCGCUAGCGGCUUGAUAAGCUAUUGAAAGGAGGAGGAGCUAAAAGGGCUUACAGGCGGGAUUUCGGAUUUUUGUUGCAAUGAAGACGUUGCAGCACA